AUGUCUACACAAGCAACAAAGAGACUCAACAAAGAGUAUAAGACGAUUCAAAAUAAUCCCAUUCCUCACAUCAACGUAAGGGCCAACUACGAGAAUAUUUUAGAGUGUCAUUAUAUUAUAAGUCCACCAUCACACCCUUAUGCUGAUGGCCAGUUUCAUGGAAUAUUAAGAUUCCCCCCCGAAUACCCAUUUAAACCGCCCAGUAUUAUAAUGAUAACUCCAAAUGGUAGAUUUGAAGUUAACACACGUUUAUGUUUAUCAAUGAGUGAUUAUCAUGUUGAUACGUGGAAUCCAGCAUGGUCAGUUUCCACUAUUUUAAUUGGUUUAAUGAGUUUUAUGUUAGGUAAUGAGAGUACAACAGGUAGUAUAAGUACAACAGAUUCAAUUAAAGUUAAGUUAGCUAGAAAUAGUAAAAAAUGGAAUAAUGAAUCAAAUUUAAAGUUUAAGAAAAUAUUUCCAGAAUUAUAUAAACUGAAUCAAAUUGAAAUUGAAGAAGAAGAAAAAAAGAAGUUACAAUUGGAAAAUGAACUUAACAAAGAAGAACCAAUUGAUUUAUCAAAAUUAGAUCCAGAAGAUAGAAUAAGAUAUUUAGAAUUAGAAUCAAAUCAUGGAAAUUUGAAUUUUAGACCAAUAUUAUUGGGCACUUCAGGUAUUUUAUUGGCUACUAUAGUUUUUUUAUUAAUGAAGUUAAAGAAUUAA